UGUCGGAAAAAGACACCUAAUAAUAAUGUCCAUUCAAAUUCUCCCCCUUUUCUCUCCGAGACAACCUCAACAAUUUUUUCCAUUCCUCAUCAUCAUCAUUACAUGCAUGUCUUCCUCUUCCUUUAACCUUACGCUGUUCAACAUCCCUCUUCCAUUUUUAUAGCCUCUUUUUCCCUCUUGUGUUGAGGGGUGGCUCCUUCAAUUUCAUUCAUUGAGGGAACCUCCGUUCACUCCUUUUCUCAUUCAUUCAUUGAGGGAACCUCCGUUCACUCCUUUUCUCAUUCAUUCAUUGAGGGAACCUCCGUUCACUCCUUUUCUCAUUCAUUCAUUGAGGGAACCUCCGUUCACUCCUUUUCUCAUUCAUUCAUUUCUUUUACCAAUUAGUUCUUAGUUUUUCUUUUUGUUUCUUAUUAGAAUUUCUUUUUGGACGUUUUUUUAAUCCAUUAGAAAAGAAAGAAUGAGUUGCUUUCCUUGUUUUAAUUCUCAAAGGAGUAAGAAAAGCAACAGCAAGAGGGAACAUGGGGUUGCGCCGCCGCAGGAAAACAACACACUUAUAACAAGAACACCAGAUAUAAAGAAACCAAAACCAGAGGAAACAAACCAAGUUGACACAUCAAAUAUUCAAGCACAAAAUUUCACAUUUCGCGAGUUGGCAAUUGCGACCAAGAAUUUUAGACAAGAGUGUUUGAUGGGUGAAGGUGGUUUUGGAAGAGUUUAUAAAGGAACAAUUCCGGCAACAGGACAGGUGGUAGCAGUGAAACAACUUGACAGAAAUGGGAUUCAAGGAAGUAAAGAAUUUUUGGUUGAGGUUUUGAUGUUGAGUCUCUUAAACCAUGAAAAUUUGGUUAAACUUACUGGUUAUUGUGCCGACGGUGAUCAACGUCUUUUGGUGUAUGAGUUCAUGUCAGGAGGUUCUCUAGAAAGUUGUCUUCUUGAGAGAAAACCCGAACAACCUCAAUUAGAUUGGUAUAGCAGAAUGAAAAUAGCAUCUAAUACUGCGAAAGGACUAUGGUACUUGCACGACAAGGCAAAUCCCUCGGUUAUUUAUAGGGACUUGAAAUCUUCCAAUAUUUUGCUUGAUAAUGACCAUAACGCAAAGCUAUCUGAUUAUGGACUAGCGAAACUUGCUGGUAAAGAUAAGAUGAACAUUGUUCCUACAAGAGUAAUGGGCACUUAUGGUUAUAGUGCGCCCGAGUAUGUAAGAACGGGUAAUCUCACCUUGAAAUCAGAUGUUUAUAGUUUUGGAGUUGUCUUGCUAGAACUCAUAACUGGAAGACGAGCCGUUGACACCACAAAAUCGCACGACGAGCAAAAUCUAGUUUCAUGGGCACAACCGAUAUUUAGAGAUCCAAAAAAGUAUGGAGAUUUGGCAGAUCCGAAGCUGAAAUAUUACCCGGAUAAGGAUCUGAAUCAGGUUGUUGCAAUUGCAGCCAUGUGCUUACAGGAGGAAGCCGCUGCGCGUCCUUUGAUGAGUGAUGUGGUAACUGCUUUGAGUUUUCUUUCAACUUCUCCUCCUCCUGGAGGUGUUCCUGAACCUCUUCCACCUCCCGAUUCCACCUCCCAAAAGAGUGUUGCGACUGCCAAUGAAAGCGAGAGUGAGGGCAAUAAGAAUAAACCACCUAUUGCAGCAGAUAGUGCGAAAUACGAAGAAUGUGAAGAAGGAUCAGACGAAGAAUCUGAAGAAGGAUCAGACAAUGAAUGUGAUUAUUAUGAGAAUGAAAACCAUGAAUAUAGUCCACAAGAUACUAAAGAAACAAAGGAGCUUCACUCUCAAUCAAGCCGCAAGAGCAGCACAAAAUCAAAGAACUCAUGUUCCGGUUCAGAAAAUGGUCGCAAAAGCGGUAGGAGAAAGCAAGCCGCGGAUGGAAGUUUAGCUCAGAAAAGCAGCAAAAAAUCUGCUGCAGGAAAUUUAAGCCAGAAGAGCAGUAAGAAAUCUCGCGAGCAAAAGAACAGUAAAAAAUCUUCAAAAGCUAAAAAUCAGUCAUCUGAUAGUAGCAGCAGCAGCGAAGAGUCACAAGAUGAAAGUGUUCUUCUCAAGCAUGGUGACGAUAGGAAAUCACCCGAUGGAAACAAAUAUUCUUUUGGGCUAAUAAGCAGCGAUAGCGGGGAAGGAUCACACGUAGAAGUUCAUCAUUUCGAUCGUGUCAGCAUGGGGCCAUCUGAGGGGGAAAGUUCUCACCAUUCUAAACAUUCCAGCAGCGGAGGAUCAGAUGAGGGAAGUGUUCACUCACCACGAUAGCUUGCAAUUGAACAGGCGUAUUCAUACAUGCAGGCUGCGCUUUGACGUGUUGUUUUUGUAUAUUUCUGUCAAAGUCUUCUUGUUGUUGUUGUUUAUACAUCGAUCAGUUUGGUUGAGCGAGACAAGUAUAACAUAACCGCCUCAAAAUAUAAAAAACUUGACACUCUACCAUCCACAUAUAUAUAUAUAUACACUUCGUUUUGUUUAGUAGACUUCAGCUACAUUCGUGUAUUUUACCUUUAGUUCAAGAACAAGUGUGAAGAUAACCGUGAAUUUCCAUAGGUGAUUGUUGAAAUUAUUGAAAACAGUGACCCUUGUUUGUAUUAUAUCAAUGAUAUGGCAAUUCUAACGU